GAGCCAUCUGGUACCUUAGUAGCAUCCAAAACAUCAUCAGCCAUAACGACAGAAAUGGCCAGUCAGUCCCAGGGUAUCCAGCAGCUCCUGCAAGCCGAGAAGCGGGCGGCUGAGAAGGUGGCAGAUGCCAGAAAGAGGAAGGCCCGGCGUCUGAAGCAGGCGAAGGAGGAGGCACAGAUGGAGGUGGAGCAGUACCGUAGAGAGCGGGAGCAGGAAUUUCAGAGCAAGCAGCAGGCGGCCAUGGGCUCCCAGGGGAACCUGUCGGCUGAGGUGGAACAGGCUACAAGACGCCAGGUGCAGGGCAUGCAGAGCUCUCAGCAGAGAAACCGAGAACGCGUCUUGGCCCAACUUCUUGGCAUGGUUUGCGACGUCAGGCCCCAGGUCCACCCCAACUACCGGAUUGCUGUCUAGGAUCCACUGUAGGGCCUGACUGUUCCCUUCCAUUUCCCUUUCUCAAAGAAAUCCCCCAAUCAAAAUUACUUCCCACCAUCUUCGCUGCUUCUUUCCCACUUUCUCUCCAUUCCCUGGAAAUUCUAGGGGCAAGAUCCAAUAAUUCUGUGAAAUUUAGAAGUUAUCCUGUUCAGAUCUGAAUCUCCUUAUUGUUCUUUAACCUUCACUGGGACCUUGUAAACUCCCAAGUCACCCUCACCCAACUCCUCUUAAAAUUUGUAGUGUGGAGAAGUCAGGAUGUGGAAAACACUUUGGUUUCAGAGCCUGGGACACUGAGGUCCCUUUCCCAACCCUGCCACUUGCUGGGACAGGACAAGCUACUUAACCUGUAGUCCAGUGUCCUCCUCUAGAGGACUGAAAUAAUGAUGAUGACGACGAUGACGGCAACGACGUUACCUACCUUAUAGGGUUGCUGCAAUAAUUAGGGAUCACUCUGUUAAAUCCUCGCAUGGUUUUUGGCAUAUAGUAGCUGUGAUUCAAUAAAUGGCUGCUUUAUGGCAUUAGUACUACUCCCUGCCCACCUGCCAAAACCUAAACACAGCUGUUUCCUCAUAUUUGUCAAUGGCUUUCUAAUUCUACUUAUUCAUUCUGUGAACCUAGUAAUUCUCUGAAGAAUUAGUUCUUCCUGCCUCUUUUCCCCCAGAGCUUUAUGAUCCCUGAAAAGUAAUGAAAACCUCAUUUAGCCUCUCUACUGUGAUUCCAGGAAGAUGUUGAAUUUCUUUGUCUUUUUGUCUCUAAGUUAUGUUAUGUCUUUAUUGGAUUUCCCCUUUUCCGAUUUCCCCAAAGACCCAUCAGAUGCUCACUGCUUCCUGAGACCUAAAGUGAUGCUAUGUUCCCUUGUAUGCAUGGCUUUCCUUUCUGCAUCCUCAAUAUCCUUCCCUUUGUAACAAUGAAAGUGUCAAUAAAAGAACUAUGGGCAAAUCAA